GCCGUGGCCCCGGCGCGGCCGCGCGGAGGCAGAAAUGCCGCUGCCGGGCCAGGGCCUCCUCUGGUUCGGCGUGGUUCUGGGCUCCAUCUACGCCUCCCGCGAGUCGGCGACGCAGGGCAACUGGACCACAGAUGCUCUGAAUGUCCUCCUAAUCAUCGUGGACGACCUGCGCCCCUCCUUGGGCUGUUAUGGGGACAGACUUGCAAAGUCCCCAAACAUUGACCAGCUGGCCUCCCACAGCCUUCUUUUCUACAAUGCCUUUGCCCAGCAGGCGGUGUGUGCCCCGAGCCGCGUGUCCUUCCUCACUGGGAGGAGGCCUGAUACCACCCGCCUCUAUGACUUCAACUCCUACUGGAGGGUGCACGCUGGGAACUUCUCCACCAUCCCCCAGUACUUCAAGGAGAACGGCUACGUGACCAUGUCGGUUGGAAAAGUCUUUCACCCUGGAAUAUCUUCUAAUCACAGCGACGAUUCCCCGUACAGCUGGUCAGUCCCACCUUACCACCCCUCCUCCGAGAAGUACGAAAACACCAAGACAUGUCGGGGGCCAGAUGGAGAACUCCAUGCCAACCUGCUUUGCCCCGUGGAUGUGGCAGAUGUGCCUGAGGGCACCUUGCCUGACAAACAGAGCACUGAGCAAGCCAUACAAUUACUGACAAAGAUGAAAACAUCGGCCGAGCCUUUCUUCUUGGCUGUUGGAUACCAUAAGCCGCACAUCCCCUUCAGGUACCCAAAGGAGUUUCAGAAGCUGUAUCCCUUGGAGAACAUCCCCUUGGCUCCUGAUCCCCAGGUCCCUGCUGGCCUCCCUCCCGUGGCCUACAAUCCCUGGAUGGACAUCAGGGAGCGGGAGGACGUCCAAGCGUUAAACAUCAGUGUGCCCUAUGGCCCGGUCCCCGUGGACUUUCAGCGGAAGAUCCGCCAAAGCUACUUUGCGUCAGUUUCAUACAUGGAUACCCAGGUCGGCCGCCUCUUGAGCGCCCUGGACGACCUGCAGCUGGCCACUGGCACCAUGGUCGUGCUCACCUCAGAUCACGGGUGGUCUCUAGGCGAACAUGGAGAAUGGGCCAAAUACAGCAAUUUUGACGUCAGCACACGUGUGCCCCUGAUGUUCUACGUGCCUGGAAGGACGGCUCCACUUCCAGAGGCAGGCCAGAGGCUGUUCCCUUAUGUCGACCCUUUUGCUCCCGCCUCGGAAUUACUGGAGCCAGGCCAGUCAGUCCUGGACCCCGUGGAACUCGUCGCUCUCUUCCCCACACUCGCAGGCCUCGCAGGGCUGCAUGUGCCGCCCCUCUGCCCUGUGCCCUCCUUUCAUGUCGAGCUGUGCAGAGAAGGCCAGAGCCUGCUGAAGUAUUUCCGAUCGUCCAGUGUGGAAGUCGAGCCGGGGCUCUUGGGUGGUCCCCGUGAGUCGAUCGCCUACAGCCAGUACCCCCGGCCUGCGGACUCUCCUCAGUGGAACUCGGACAAGCCGAGUUUAAAAGAUAUCAAGGUCAUGGGCUAUUCCAUCCGCACGAUAGACUACAGGUACACCGUGUGGGUUAGCUUCGACCCCCGUGAGUUUCUGGCUAACUUUUCUGAGGUCCAUGCAGGGGAACUGUAUUUUGUUGAUUCCGACCCUUGGCAGGACCACAAUGUAUAUAAUGGCUCCCAAGGGGGGCCCUCCCCCCGUCACUGAUGCCUUGAGUGUCCCUCGCAGACGGCAGAUACGGUGAGCCCCUUCCAGCCAGUGGGAGGCGUUAGGCUGAAGAUCUGUAAAUACCCGUUUCAGAAGCCGCCCGGGGGGUCGGCCUCAGGAUGUGCAACAGCCGAACCUUUGAUUGAGUUACUUUUUGAUUAGUUUCCAAUUGGCCGAUGUAGGGCUGGGCUGAGCCUCUCCCUCGUUUGAACAGCCCUCCCUCCCUUAUUGACCAUGAGUAAGUACCAGACGAACAAACUGACAUUGCCUUUCUUGAGAUAGCAAGCCUACGUGAGCAAACGGAGCGCUAUACUCAGCAAAUACUCUCCGUGUUUGUGGAGUUUAGUACAGUUCUGAAAGUAACCACGUAGCAAAUGAGGUUUGACACCAAGUUCCUGGUUCUUUUGGUGAUGAUUUCUGGCCCAGUAGAUUCAAAAUACAAGGCCAACCUGUAAUCCGUGUUUCUUUUUAAAAUGUAAAGUCAAACAAUCAUGCAAGCUGCCAAGGCCCUUAAAAGUCUAAAUUUUAUUUCUAACAUCUAAGAUACUUUUUUCUAAGACCUCAACAUUUCAAAAAUCUAAAAAAAAAAUUGCUUGAGAAGAUGAAUGUGCGGUUUCUCCGUCCAAUAAAUAUGUUCAGUAAACGGCAGGCGUGACAUGUGGGAAACUCGGCCAGAAGUUUCCAGAGAUUUUAAGUUAGUGGCAAAUAAUGACAGUGAAUCCAGAGGCCAUGUACGGAAAGGCAGUCACGCACAGCGCGAACUGCUCACGGGCCUGACUGCGCGGCGGCGGCAUUCUUCUCCUUCAGGGACGGUUGGCUGCAGACAACCAUGUAUCCAGGAAGCAAAAAAUACUCUGCUUGUCACUGCUGAUCAAAGACAGCUUUGCUUUUUGUUGCCUUCUAAAUUAUGUUCAGGGUUGUGAAAUUUUUCAUUAGUGUAAUAUUAGGUAGUUUCCAGCCCCCCGGAAUGUACUUCUGUGUUUCCUAAAUAUGAAAAUAAACAGAAAGGUAGGAUCAAGCCUAGACAGUGUCAUCUUAAAGGGGUGGAAUCUUCACGACUCACAUUUACAGCCUGUUGAAGCCGGUCUGUGACCCUCACUCACUGGAGCGUCACGCUUGCCAAACGCACGUAGUCCUGUGUCGGCGUGAGUGAUGUUUAGUCGUCCUGUCCAGUGCUGCUUCUGUGUUUAAAGGUAAAUGUUUGUGGAAAAAAAUACAGCAGAUCGGAUGAAGUGACUGCAAUGUGUUAAAUGGUAAGCAGAAAAAGGCAAGAUAUUAAAAGAUUAUUUCAGUUCAGCCCAAUUGCUGACAGACUGUUACUCAUUAGCCUGCAGAGGGGCUGUGGCGACACAGCUGCGCAGUGAGCAGCUUCGUUAUCUCUGUCGCUUCGCAUAACCUGUCUCCGACCCCCUGAGCUGGACAGCCUUCAGCAGAGGCCGCUGCCUGUGGCCCUCCCCAUUGCCCUUGAGCAGAUUCCUUUGGACAGUUCCCUUGACAUCAAAACUAGCGAUCCCAGCCCGGCGCUGCGCCGGGCACCCCCGCGUUGGCACCGGCCCGUUCUGUGCACUGUUUCCUCUGCCUCUGCCCACAGAGACUUGUCCGGAGCGGCGCGAAGUGUGUCGGGUUUAAGGGUCAGCAGGGAGCUCACUCUGGCUUGUGGCCUCCUCCUCCGCCUGCUCCUCUCCAUCGCCAUGGUCCCUCGUACCUCUUCCCCCGUAGCUGACCGCCCCCCCGAUUUCCUCCCCUGCCCCUUAAGGAAUCCACGUGUCUUCCUGGAAUCCCUCUGCGAUCCUGCCCUUGACAACACCGUCAGUGCCUACUACUGGGUCUACACGACCUCCGCUGAGCAGUCAGAGUCUUCCCUGACUCCACAAAGCCCCUUUCCUCGGCUGACCAGCGUAGCUGGUCCCUCGCUUUCCUGGCCAGUCCGUCCUCCCUCCCACCCCUAGGCCGUCCCCUCCUCUUCUUCACCCGUUCGCGGUCACGGCCAUUCUUCACACCCCACUCCCCGCCCCCUCCCCCCGGAGGCUAAGCGUUUGUGACUCUAGACAGUGUCGUGCGAGGCGCCGCCCCAGGACCUUGUGGCCACGUGACGUAAGCCAAGUCUCUUUUCCUGAAUAGAAAAUCAAUAUGGUAAUGAUGAAAAAAAUGGGAAGAGAAACCCAGUAAAGGGUGAGAAGACAGAUCAGUUCUCUACCCUGGAGAUAGUCACAUAAUAUCUUGUCUUUUUUGGGGUGUGAAUUCCUGUCUGUUGUCGUGUUCACACCAUGUGCUUUGUCACGCACUUUUAUGUUCUCCCCCCAGCAUUGUAUGCAGUUAUUACAGACUUUUGCAAAGGUACUUUAUACUGGUGGUGAUAGAUUUUCUUGUGUGGCUUUAUCAUAAUUUAACCUUUCUUCAGUUACUGGAAAUUUCGACUGCGUACAGAUUUUCAGUAUUGCAAAUAAUUCUGUGAUGAACAACUUUGUGCAUAAAAUAUUUUUCUGUUUCAGCUGAUUCCUUAGGAUAGCCUUUCAGUGCCAAAUUGUCAAAAACUUUUCUGUUUGACUCCCCACACUGGUGCUGCCUUAGGGUAGUAAAACUAAAAAAAUAAAACCAACAGGCAUAUAUAGAAAUGAAACCAUAAAAAACCAUAAACCCAAUCCUCUUGGCCACAGUAGGUGGGUGCCGUAUCUUGUUAGAGCUUCAAAACCUUGGUCUUUCUUCUCUCCGUGAUUGUGAAUGUGUUGAUGGGCCCCCUGCCUAAACACUCCAUGUGACCCCCCCUUUCUUGUCAAACUUGGAAUUGAAUAAAUACUCACUUUCCUUUGCUUUUGUUGUGGU